CCAAACAACACCUUUUUAAGAACACCCACCUCUCGGGAUACGCAGUAUAUGCUCUCGAGUAUUAUUUCGAACGUCACUCAUUUGGCCCACGAUCUUAACUGCUCUACUCUAUCUGAGCCAUGUCACCUCAUCCAUUGGCCGGACCUUAUACCCCGCUGUCGGUAGAUGGGACCUUAUCACUGUCACAGUUUAUGGUCAGAUUCAAUCCUGACAACGUACCUAACGCUAAAGUCAUUCAUACCGAUACUAUUUUGAACAAACACAUUACUUAUGGAGGACUACGUGAGCAGGCAGCAGCUUGUGCUUGGGGAUUACGGAAUCUAGGUUUAGGCGCGGGGAAAACGCUCCUCGCGCUGGUUCCAAAUUCGACAGACUUCGUGUUGCUUGCGCACUCAACAUGGUGGUCAGGCGCAUGCUUCUCCCCUGCCAAUCCUUCGGCGACUGCUACCGAGAUUGCGCAUUUCCUGACGCUUGUAAAGCCAGAUGUUGUUGCAACAACCCCCCAACAGCUGCCGUCUCUCCGAAAAGGCUUGACUCUGGCUGGCUGUCAAGCUACCAUCAUCACUCUCAUCUCAAGGUCGGCAGGGCUGCCUCUGUUCCCCGACGAUAUCACCGGACGGACGAAGGACGAAGUUGCGCCGGUCUACGAUCUUGCAAGUGAUGGGCUCGAUGGAAAAACCGCACCAGCAGUCAUAUGCUUCUCUUCGGGCACCACUGGCAAGGUGAAAGGGGUGGUAUUAUCCCACUACAACCUCAUCUCCAACGUUCUGCAGUUCAGAUGCUCCCUUCCUAGUAUGGCCAACUCGUCGGCCCGCGAAGUCUUCUUCCCGCCCUACUGCCAUAUUUACGGUUUAUCAUGUGUCGUGCUACAGGCCAUGUGGCUCGGAGCAUUUGUCUGUGGCAUUCCUGCAUUCGAUCUCGAGCUGUUUUGCGAAAAAAUGGCGGAGUACAAGGCAAACUGGGUACAUGUUGUGCCUCCAGUGGCCAUCAUGCUGGCAGACUCUGAUAUCCCUCUUAAAUAUGAUCUCUCCUCUCUUCGAAGGAUCGUUAUUGCAGCGGCACCAACCAAAUACAGUCUACAGAUGAGGCUCAAGGACCGCUUCUCUGGAUCGGUUUUGGUCCUGCAAGGGUACGGUCUCUCGGAAUGUUCGCCUUCUGUGCUCCACCAACACGAAUCUGAUGAGGCCGAUAUUGGUACGGUUGGAAAGGUCUUAUCCGGUACCUUGGUCAGAUUGGUUAACGCCAACACACAUGAGGACGUUGCUCCUGGAGAAGACGGAGAGCUUUGGGUACGCGGACCACAAGUCAUGUUGGGCUACGUUGGGGAUCCCGAAGCUACCGCCAAGUCAUUUUCGAGCGGAUGGUUAAAAACGGGUGACAUCAUGAGAGUUGACCAGAAGGGAAAUUUCUGGGUUGUUGAUCGCUUGAAGGAAUUGAUCAAAUACAAGGGGUUUCAGGUGGCACCGUCCGAACUUGAGGACCUCUUGAUCAGCCAUCCAUACGUGUUGGAAGCAGCCGUCACUUCGAUUUAUGACGACACACAAGCCACUGAACUGCCACGCGCCUAUGUCACUUUGACCAAAGAGGUCAUGGCCCGGCAUGAUCUUAACGUCGAGGAAGCGCUGCAGGAGAUCCAUCAAUGGCUCGAUGGGCAGGUCGCUGGUUAUAAAAAACUUCGAGGCGGCAUCUUUUACAUGCGGGAACUUCCAAAGACAGCAAGUGGCAAGAUACUGCGAAGAUUGUUACGGUCAGCGACGCCUCAAGCCAGCCCGAGUAAGCUAUGAGGCUGUACGAGCUAGAGAGCCCCUGCAAAGUACAAAUGAGACGAUGUACAGAGUGUGAGCGAAAGUACUCCAACAGUUUCUUAGAACCUUUGCAUCACAGGAUCCUUGUGAGGCCACAGAGAUAGGGUGACGCUCCUUUUACAUCCCCCC